AAUCAGCUCCCGGGACGGCACCUCCUCGCCACCCCCCGCCCCCGCAGUCUCCGCCUACGGUUUCCACAUCCUGCAGUCUCGAGCCCGCCGCCCUGUGCCUCCUGGGCAGAGAAGCUGCUUCCUCCUGGGAACAACUGCCUGCUGCUCCUAGCAGGUUCCUACCGCCCCGAACCCGCGCUGCAGGGAACAGCGGGGCAAACAGUGAGUGGGGUUCAGCGUAGACUCUGGACCAGGAGAGGCCCGCGGUGACCGAGGCCUGGGCUCCGGAAACCAACAGAGCCAUGGCGACUCCUUCUGCUGCCUUCGAGGCCCUUAUGAAUGGCGUGACAAGCUGGGAUGUACCCGAAGAUGCCGUUCCAUGUGAACUGCUUCUUAUUGGAGAGGCUUCAUUUCCUGUGAUGGUGAAUGACAUGGGCCAGGUCCUCAUUGCUGCCUCCUCCUAUGGCCGCGGGCGCCUGGUGGUCAUGUCCCAUGAGGACUACUUGGUGGAAGCCCAGCUCACGCCCUUUCUCCUGAACGCAGUAGGGUGGCUUUGCUCUUCCCCUGGAGCUCCCAUUGGUGUACACCCAUCCCUGGCACCUUUGGCCAAAAUCCUCGAGGGCUCUGGAAUGGAUGCAAAGGUUGAGCCAGAAGUGAAAGACUCCCUGGGGGUUUACUGUAUUGAUGCCUACAAUGAAACCAUGACGGAAAAGCUGGUCAAGUUCAUGAAACGUGGUGGCGGCUUGCUCAUAGGAGGACAAGCCUGGGACUGGGCCAACCAGGGUGAUGAUGAAAGGGUUCUCUUCACAUUCCCUGGGAACCUCGUGACCAGUGUGGCUGGCAUUUACUUUACUGACAACAAAGGGGACACGAGUUUCUUUAAAGUUUCCAAGAAGAUGCCCAAGAUCCCAGUGUUGGUUAGUUGUGAAGAUGACCUCUCCGAGGACAGAGAGGAGCUUCUGCAUGGGAUUUCAGAGCUGGACAUCAGCAACUCGGAUUGUUUCCCAUCCCAGCUGCUAGUGCAUGGGGCUUUAGCCUUUCCUCUAGGGUUAGAUUCCUACCAUGGCUGUGUUAUAGCGGCUGCCCGCUAUGGCCGGGGCCGGGUGGUUGUGACUGGCCAUAAGGUAUUAUUCACUGUUGGUAAACUGGGCCCCUUUCUGCUCAAUGCCGUCCGCUGGCUGGAUGGGGGCCGCAGAGGCAAGAUCGUGGUGCAGACAGAGCUGAGAACCCUGAGUGGCCUCCUCGCAGUGGGGGGCAUAGACACCAGCAUCGAGCCCAAUCUGACCAGUGAUGCAAGUGUCUAUUGCUUUGAACCCGUGAGCGAAGUGGGGGUCAAAGAACUGCAGGAGUUUGUAGCAGAGGGUGGCGGGCUGUUUGUUGGAGCCCAAGCCUGGUGGUGGGCCUUCAAGAACCCCGGAGUGUCCCCUUUGGCUCGAUUCCCAGGAAACCUCCUCCUCAACCCCUUUGGCAUCAGCAUUACAAGCCAAAGCCUCAAUCCAGGGCCCUUUCGUACUCCUAAAGCAGGGAUAAGGACCUAUCACUUCCGCUCCACCUUGGCCGAGUUCCAGGUUAUAAUGGGCAGGAAGAGAGGAAAUGUGGAAAAGGGCUGGUUGGCAAAGCUGGGACCAGAUGGUGCAGCUUUCCUGCAGAUUCCCGCAGAAGAGAUCCCUGCCUACAUGUCUGUGCAUCGACUCCUGAGGAAGCUGCUAAGUCGAUACCGGCUCCCAGUAGCAACCCGAGAGAACCCUGUUAUCAAUGACUGCUGCAGGGGUGCUAUGCUUUCCCUGGCCACAGGGCUGGCCCACUCUGGAAGUGACCUCUCUCUGUUAGUCCCAGAAAUUGAAGAUAUGUACAGCAGCCCCUAUCUGCGCCCCUCAGAAUCUCCUAUCACCGUCGAGGUCAACUGCACCAAUCCAGGCACCAGAUAUUGCUGGAUGAGUACUGGACUCUACAUACCUGGAAGGCAAAUUAUAGAAGUCUCGCUGCCUGAAGCUGCUGCCUCUGCCGACCUGAAGAUACAGAUUGGCUGCCACACAGAUGACCUGACCAGGGCCAGCAAGCUUUUCCGAGGCCCACUCGUAAUUAACCGGUGCUGCUUGGACAAACCCACAAAAUCGAUCACGUGCCUCUGGGGUGGACUCCUCUAUAUAAUUGUGCCUCAGAACAGCAAACUGGGUUCUGUGCCCGUCACCGUGAAGGGGGCUGUGCAUGCUCCAUACUACAAGCUGGGGGAGACCACCCUGGAGGAGUGGAAGAGGCGUAUCCAAGAGAAUCCAGGGCCCUGGGGAGAGCUGGCCACGGACAACAUCAUUCUGACGGUGCCGACUGCAAAUCUUCGUACUCUGGAGAACCCUGAGCCGCUGCUUCGCCUCUGGGAUGAGGUGAUGCAGGCUGUGGCGCGACUGGGAGCUGAGCCCUUCCCUUUGCGCCUGCCUCAGAGGAUUGUUGCCGACGUGCAGAUCUCAGUGGGCUGGAUGCAUGCAGGGUACCCCAUCAUGUGCCAUCUGGAGUCAGUGCAGGAGCUCAUCAACGAGAAGCUCAUCAGAACCAAGGGGCUGUGGGGCCCUGUCCACGAGCUGGGCCGCAACCAGCAGCGGCAGGAGUGGGAGUUCCCACCACACACCACCGAGGCCACCUGCAACCUGUGGUGUGUGUAUGUGCAUGAGACGGUCUUGGGCAUUCCUCGAAGCCGUGCCAAUAUUGCUCUGUGGCCCCCAGUUCGGGAGAAAAGAGUCAGAAUCUACCUGAGCAAGGGUCCCAAUGUGAAAAACUGGAAUGCAUGGACCGCACUGGAAACGUAUUUACAGCUACAGGAAGCCUUUGGUUGGGAGCCAUUCAUCCGUCUCUUCACCGAGUACAGGAACCAGACCAACUUGCCCACAGAUAAUGUUGACAAAAUGAAUCUGUGGGUCAAGAUGUUCUCCCACCAAGUGCAGAAGAACCUGGCUCCGUUCUUUGAGGCCUGGGCCUGGCCCAUCCAGAAGGAAGUGGCUACCAGCCUGGCCUAUCUGCCUGAAUGGAAGGAAAAUAUUAUGAAAUUGUACCUCCUCACACAGAUGCCCCACUGAAAUUGAAGUCAAGAAAUGCAAAAAGGAAUUGACACAUCUCAGCAAAGAAAACUGAAGGGAUUUGGUUAUAAGUGGAGAAGAUCUCAGCACAUUUCUGGAAGAGAGAAAGUGGAUGAAGCAUGAUAAUGAAAGAGUGAAGAACCUUUCAGAUAUAAGCUGAUCUGAGCAACAUAACCCCAAAGAGACUUGAGCACCUGAAAAGUUUGUCUACUGAAGAAUUACUCCGGUUGUAAAAUUGAGCCCUCUCCUACUCUUCCCCAACUCUUAUGCACAGAACACAGGCAGUCUCCACUAUUGAUACCCAUUAAAAAUGUCUUGUUAUUGUUGCUGUUGUUUGUAUAAAGGAAUUGAACAGACUGCCUGCAGAGAGAUAAGAGUUGGUGUUCCAGAAAAAAAUUUCUCUUCUAGUGGAAAUAAGUGUCCCCAGCCAGUAGCUAAUUCUCUACUGACAGCUGAGACCUCCUACUCAAGUGCCUGUUGCCUUCAGGUAUAGAAGAGAUUUGCUGAAGAAACAGACCUAACCGUACAACAGCAGAGGAAACCCAUGCUGACUGUUAUAGAAGUUAACAGUUAUGUUGAUUCUUAAAUGGGAAUAGUGAGUUAGAAAUUCUCAGACAUGGGUGAUGGGGAGGGAAGAAGAAUAAGAAAAGUCACCAGGUAGAAUUAGGGGCCUUGAAGAUAUGACAAACUCUGAGGGAAACAAAGACAAUGUGGAAAGAAUAACUUAAUUUUAAUUCCAUCUUCAGAGAGAGUUGAGGUGUAUUUAAGAUGAAAAACAGGAUACUACAAAGAAACAGAAAACUCAGGAGUUCGAGACCAGCCUAGGCAAGAUGGCAACACCCUGUCUCUACAAAAUAAUUUUUAAAAAUUAGCCAAGCAUGGUGGUAUGUGCCUGUGGUCCUAGCUACUUGGGAGGCUGAGAUGGGAAGAUCACUUGAGCCCAGAAGUUCAGGGCUACAGUGAACCAUGAUGGUGCCACUGUACUCUAGCCUGGGGGACAGAGUGAGACCCUGUCUCUUAAAAAGCAGCAAAAGAAAGAGAAAACUGAGAAUAAGAAGAUCUCUUUGAAAAUAAAAUAAGACUGCUAUAAGUAUUUGGUAUAUGGUCUGGAAAAUAAAGUUGAGGGAAUCUCUCCAGAUAAAGAGCAAAAAGAGAUAGAAAAUAUAAAGAAAGAAAAGAGACAUAGACAAUCAAUAUUUAAUGUUAGGAGUUCCUGGAAGAGAGAACAGAGACAAUGUAGGUGAAGAAGUAAAAAGAAAAAGAAUUGAAGAACAGAGCAAGCUAAGUCUCCAGAUUUAGAGGUCCCAAUAAAAUCUACAUCUAACACAAUAUUGUAAAAUUUUGGAAUAUUAAGAAUAGAAGGAAGAGAUUAAAGUGGCCAGGGAGAAAACAAAUGAGGUAAUCACGAUUAGCUCAACACAAAAAUGGAUGAGAAAUAGACUGCUGACAGAUUUGUCAUCAGCAACACUGAAUGCCAGAAGUCAAUGGGUCAACAUCUUCACAUAGCUUAUGGAAAAUUUUUAUACCUAGAAUUUCACAGUAAGGCAAACUGUCAAGAAGAAUAUCAAAGUGAAGACAUUUUCUGACAGGCAAAUUUUCAGAAAGUCUCCCUCCUUUGCACCCUUACUGAGGAAGUAUCUUGAGGAAGCUCUCCAGCAAAAUAAGGAUGAAAACCAGGAAAGAAGAAGGAAUGGGAUCCAUAAAACAGCAGAAAGAAGAAGAAAUGGGAUCUAUAAAACAGUGGACCUUACUUAGGAUGUCUCAUUCUAGAGUGACAGUUAUCCAAAAGGAUGUCUUACUCUAGAGUGACAGCUAUCCAGCAGACUAAUUUCAGAUGAGAACACAGUCUUGGGCUUUCUGGGAAGAAUGUGCAUUCAGUGCCAUAGAUGGUAUCAUUGAGAAGCUGGGAUGCUUGAGAAGGUUAUUUAGUCAAGAAAAAGACAAAUCAACAAUAUGUCAAAAAAUUCAGGUCCAAUUAUACAGCAAAAUAAAAUGAGGCAUGAUUUUGAGUUAUUCAUGAAAAAUAAGAAGAGGCUUGAUAGGUACACUUCCUUUUCUAUGGCACAGGCAUGAUGAUAUUGGGUGUGUAGGGAAGAAAAUAUCCUAGAAAGAAAAUAUAGUAAGCUCUCAGUAAGAAGUAUCUAGCCAAAAUAAUGUCGAUAUCAUUUAUUAGUAUUCAGUGUUCAGAUCAGCCUAUUGACAAAGUGUGAAAGGCUUCAUUUUUUAUUCAGAACUGAAGUUGAAAGUAAUUAAUGCUGACAAAGGGAAAGAAAGCAGAAAGAGAUUGAGAAUUAGAGGAAGAUAGGUGGAGUCAAAGGUAGAGAUACUUAUAUAUUCAAAGUGGGGAUGAAAAGAUCUUCAGUUAAUGGAACAAGAACUAGAGGAUUAGUAUAUUGUUCAAAGCUAUAAAUCAAACCAAUAGAUGUAUUAAAAAGUGAUUUAACUAUCAGACAUUUGGAGAGAGAUGGACAAAGGAAAGUGGAGAUAGUGUAAGUUAAAUCCUUAUCUUUUGUAAUGGGGAAUUAUUAAAGAUGGUGUAAAGUCACUAAGUCAGGAAAUUAUUGCUCAAACAUAUUAUUUAAAGUUAGAAAGUUAGUUACCAGACGAUCUAAAAUAAAUAUUGUUAAAAGCAUUACCUCUAGGGAAUGGGACUAGAUGUAAAAAGGGUGGGAUGGGAAACUGUGUUUUUCAUUUUAAGUCCUUCUGUACUAUUUAAUUUUUUACCUUGUGCAUGUAUUACUUUGAAAAAAUUUCUAAUAAACCCAAAUAAAAAUCUU